GAGUUUUCUUUUUUCGAAAAAACAACUUUGUUUCAGGAGAACAACACAAGAUCCAAGACAUGUCUCGUCUCGUUCUUGUCUCGUUCCUCUUUUUGGUAAUUUUCUCCGUGUUGGUUGGAGGAUUUGGUAAAUUGAAUUGUCCAAGAAAUGAGAUCUUCACCAAAUGCGGUGCACUGUGCCAACCUUCUUGCGCAAAACCUGAUCGUAAAUCUCCUUGCAUCUAUGUUAGUAGCGUUAUAAUUUUGAAAGACGUUGAAUAUAUGUUGAACAUGUAAUCCAUACGGUUCAUUGUUUUUAUUUCAGAUAUGUGCGUCAGGAUGUAUAUGUAAAUCCGGUUAUUUGAGGAAUAAAAAUAAGGUAUGCGUUCCGCGAUCUAAAUGUUUCUCAGGAUGACUUUUAUAAUUAUUUCAU